AUGGCACAUAGUCAUUGUAAUCACGGAAACCACGAUCAUGACCACAGCAACGCUGAAGAAAUAGGAGUGCAAUACAAUCUUUUUGAAAAAAUUGAUAAAGAGAAUCUGCAAUGUCUUAAUGAAAGCGUUGAUGGCUCAGGAAAAACUGUUUUUAAGCCUUGGGAAAGACGGUUAGAUUUUUCUCAAUAUGUUGAAAGUGAUGCUGACGAAGAAUUGUUAUUUAAUAUACCAUUUACGGGGAAUGUGAAAUUAAAAGGAAUCAUAAUAGUAUCAGAAGACUCUGAUACUCACCCAUCUAAGUUAAGAUUAUUUAAGAAUAAACCUAAUAUGUCUUUUGAUGAUGUGUCCUUGGAACCUGAUCAAUCAUUUGAAUUACAAAAAGAUUAUGAAGGUGUUAUAGAAUAUACCCCAAAAAUUGUCGCAUUUUCAUCUGUAUCUCACUUAACCAUGCAUUUUCCUGCCAAUUUCGGUGCUGAAACUACAAAAAUCUACUACAUUGGCUUAAAAGGAGAAUGGACACCGGGUCACAGACAUGGAGUCACAAUUUGCACUUAUGAAGCAAGACCUAUGCUAGAUGAUCAUAAAUUAAAACAUUUAGAUUCUAUUAGUAGACCUAUUGAA